GAAUGGAUGACAAGGUGGAUGACAAAGAUGAGGACAGCUGCAGUAUAUACCCGGUAAUAAAACCAGUUCUAAGUCUCCCACCCAUUCCAUGAGUCAAUAGUGUCUACUGCUCUGUCUAUUACACAGUGUUUGAUUCCAUUCCUCUAUCUAGGCUUAACCUUCUUGAUGCCUGGUCAUGAAUACACAUCUGACGAAUGUUGGUUUCCGGCUUGUUUUGUAGAGCCUGGUGCCACUUGGCAGUGAAAUCAAGGCCAGGAUGCAACAUUGGAUGGAGGACAGAACAGAGACUCCUAUGCCAUUGCCAUUGGUAGGUAGCUACCCAUCACUCUUCUUUCCAGCUCUGAAUCUGUGAACAGUGCUGUUGUGACUGUUCUUAGAUCACCAUGCCAGCAGCCUACUGAGGCUGCAUCCGAAAUGGCACCCUAUUCCCUAUAAAGUGGAGGUCUACUAGGGCUCUGGUCAAAAGUAGUGCAUUAUAUACACUACCAGUCAAAAGAAUAAGGCUGUAACUUAACAAAAUGUGGAAAAACGUCAAGGGGUCUGAAUACUUUCCGAAUACACGAUAUAUUCAAGACAUUAAACAAGACAUUUACUGUAUUUGGAUCCCCAGGCUUCUCUUAACAUUGUGUUAACAUUGUGACAGCCUAUUUGGUGGACAUCUAAGCUUAGUUGGAUAUCAUAUAUACACUACCGGUCAAAAGUUUUAGAACAUUUCAAUAUUUUUUACUAUUUUCUACAUUGUAGAAUAAAAUUGAAGACAUCAAAACUAUGAAAUAACACAUAUGGAAUCAUGUAGUAACCCAAAAAGUGUUAAAGAAAUCAAAAUAUAUUUUAUAUUUGAGAUUCUUCAAAUAGCCACCUUUUGCCUUGAUGACAGCUUUGCACACUCUUGGCAUUCUCUCAACCAGCUUCAUGAGGUAGUCACCUGGAAUGCAUUUCAAUUAACAGGUGUGCGUUCUUAAAAGAUAAUUUGUGGAAUUUCUUUCCUUCUUAAUGCGUUUGAGCCAAUCAGUUGUGUUGUGACAAGGUAGGGGGGGUAUACAGAAGAAAGCCCUAUUUGGUAAAAGACCAAGUCCAUAUUAUGGCAAGAACAGCAAAGAUAAAUCACAGUCCAUCAUUACUUUAAGACAUGAAGGUCAGUCAAUCCGGAAAAUGUCAAGAACUUUGAAAGUUUCUUCAAGUCCAGUCGCAAAAACCAUCAAGCACUAUGAUGAAACUGGCUCUCAUGAGGACCGCCACAGGAAUGGAAGACCCAGAGUUAUUUCUGCUGCAGAAGAUAAGUUCAUUAGUUACCAGCCUCAGAAAUUGCAGCCCAAAUAAACGCUUCACAGAGUUCAAGUAACAGACACAUCUCAACAUCAAAUGUUCAGAGGAAUCAGGCCUUCAUGGCCAUCUCAACAUCAAAUGUGUGUGAAUCAGGCCUUCAUGGUCGAAUAGCUGCAAAGAAACCACAACUAAAGGACAUCAAUAAUAAGAAGAGACUUGCUUGGGCCAAGAAACACGAGCAAUGGACAUUAGACCUGUGGAAAUCUGUCCUUUGGUCUGGAGUCCAAAUUGGAGAUUUUUGGUUUCAACCGCCAUGUCGUUGUGGGACGCCGUGUGGGUGAACGGAUGAUCUCUGCAUGUGUAUUUCCCACCGUAAAGCAUGGAGGAGGAGGUGUGAUGGUGUGGGGGUGCUUUGCUGGUGACACUGUCAGUGAUUUAUUUAGAAUUCAAGGCAGCGAUACGCCAUCCCAUCUGGUUUGGGCUUAGUGGGACUAUCAUUUGUUUUUCAACAGGACAAUGACCCAACACAUCUCCAGGCUGUGUAAGGGCUAUUUUACCAAGAAGGAGAGUGAUGGAGUGCUGCAUCAGAUGACCUGGCCUCCACAAUUCCCCGACCUCAACCAAAUUGAGAUGUUUGGGAUGAGUCGGACCGCAGAGUGAAAGAAAAGCAGCCAACAAGUGCUCAGCAUAUGUGGGAACUCCUUCAAGACUGUUGAAAAAGCAUUCCAGGUGAAGCUGGUUGAGAGAAUGCCAAGAGUGUGCAAAGCUGUCAUCAAGGCAAAGGGUGGCUAUUUGAAGAAUCUCAAAUAUAAAAUAUAUUUUGAUUUGUUUAACACUUUUUUGGUUACUACAUGAUUCCAUAUGUGUUAUUUCAUAGUUUUGUUGUCUUCACUAUUAUUCUACAAUGUAGAAAAUAGUAAAAAAUAAAGUAAAAUCCUGGAAUGAGUAGGUGUGUCCAAACUUUUGACUGGUACUGUAUGUAAUAGGGUGCCAUUUGGGACAACCCCGUAGCCUAGAUAUUAGAUGUCAGUGUGGAUGUGGUUUGGUCCACACCUAAUAAUCAUCUUCUUUUCCCCUCCCAGUGGACUGGUGUGCUGAUCGUAGCUGUUCUGGCUGUGUUGGCAGUGUCUCUCAUCGGCAUGGUCGUUCUUUUCUUCUACAGAAGAUACAAGCAGUACAGUCAGUACUUCCUGCCUCCAUUCUCUCAUAAAUGAAGAGCUAUUUGAUUUUUUUGUUUGUAUUUAUUUAUAAUCAGUUGUUGUACCAAACUACCUUUAUCUAUAAAAUACUAUUAAUAAUAAAUGCUGUAUAUACAGGCAAAUAUUUCAAACCAGUAAAAUAGUGAACAUUGUUCAAGUUCGUCACAUUGUAAUAAACCAAAGAAGGUAAUUUAGCUUUAACAGCCGUUUAGGCCUAUGUGUUCAUGACAUGUACCUGUAUGUGCUGUAUGUGUUUUUCAGAGGAGCAGCAGCCUCACUAUCGCUUUAGGAAAAGAGACAAAGUUAUGUUUUAUGGCAGAAAGAUCAUGAGAAAGGUCAGUCCCACUCCAUCAGGCAAUCCCUCACACAUUUUGUCUAGAGAGUCUCCCAUAACAGUUUGGUGUCAUUUUCAGUAUAAAUAGCACAUAGAGAUACAGGAUAUUACCUGUAUGUUAGGCUCUGCUGUAGCCUGGUCAAGCAGACUGACCACUGGUCAAGCAGACUGACCACUGGUUAAGCAGACCAAACCACUGGUUAAGCAGACCAACCACUGGUUAAGCAGACCAACCACUGGUCAUGCAGACUGACCACUCAAGCAGACAGGUUUAAUUUCAUUUCACUUCACUCGUUAGAAUGUGAGCUAUUGCGAGAUCAGGCUGGUUUCACAAGCCUAGCUACACAGAAUUGAUUUCAACUAAAACAUCGCCUCCUGUUUUUUACCGUACCAGGUGCAGACCUUGUCAUCUACCUCAACCCCUACCUCUACCUCAGAGUCACAGAAGCAGCGAAUCAGGAAGAGAACCAAAGUCCUGUCUAUAGCACGAAAGUGAGUCAUGUCUACACUGUGUAUUCAGAUGAUACCUGAAGUGAUAACCUCUCUUUUUCUGAUGGUGAACAAUUUGAACGAGUUUGUAUGUUUUAAGGAUGAGUUUAAACACCAUGCACUAACCCACUCUGUGUCCCAGAAUACUGCACAUUAGGAGGGAGCCCCCCACCCUGGUGGCUAAGGAGCCCCCUCCCUCUUUGCUGGAGGCUGACCUCACAGAGUUUGACGUGCAGAACUCUCACCUGCCCUCUGAGGUGCUCUACAUGCUCAAGAACGUCAGGCAAGGGAACCGCAAACACGUAAACACCUAGACUAGGAACACUCAAAUAUGGACCUCCAGUCUAGUUCCACUGAUUAUUUUUAAUUCUUACCCUUUGGUCAGGGACUGAUUUAGACCCGGGGCACCUGGUGAGUGCAAUUAACUACCAGGUAAAAACUAAAACCAGAGUGUCCCUCAUCUAGACUGAGCAAAUGAUGGGUUGUCAUGUUGUAAGGUGCUGAAUUACCAACAGUUGUUUUAGCAAGGCUUAUAAAUGAUAACCCCUGUGUAAUCCAUUCCACUAUGGUCUUUGUGCUGUGUCCAGGGUCCUGGGCCACUUUGAGAAGCCUCUGUUCCUGGAGCUGUGCCGUCACAUGGUGUUUGUGCAGCUCCACGAGAUGGAGCCACUCUUUCGUCCCGGGGACAUCGACGACAGCAUCUACGUGGUGCAAGAUGGCCGUCUGGAGCUCUGCAUACAUGAGAGUGUAAGAUCCCUACAUGCUAUAUCUAUCUGUUGCUGGAGCCAAUGUUAUUUCACCUCAUCAUGAAUAGGAAAUUGAGGAAGGUCCGCACUCAGAUAGAAAAUAAAUUGUAUUCCAUCUUUGUCAAACGUUUCGCCCCAAGAUCAUGAGGGGACGUGAUCUCACCCAUUACGCUGCAUUUACAACUACUUGUAUUAUGUACCUACAGUUUGAUAGUCAAAUGCAAAUGAAAUGUAUUUUGUUGUUAUAGGAUGGGACAGAUGUGGUGGUAAAGGAAGUGUUUCCAGGAGACAGUGUCCACAGUCUGCUCAGUAUCCUGGAUGUCAUCACUGUACGUUACACUUUCCACUCUCAUUUACCCUCUUAUUCAGUUAGCGCAUGUUUAUGUAUCCACUGCACUCUGAUAAGUACCUAAGACACAGGAGGCUGGUGAGGGGCGGACGGUUCGUAGUAAUGGCUGGAAUGGAAAACCAUGUGUUUGAUGUGUUUGAGACCGUUCCAUUGAUUCCAUUCAUGCAAUUACAAUGAGCCUGUCCUCCGAUUUAAAGUGUCACCAGCCACCACUUCUCGUCCUCUACCCCCCUAUGCAUCCUAGGGUCACUCAGCCCCCUACAAGACUGUAUCUGCCAGAGCUGCAACCCCUUCUACCAUACUGCGUCUUCCAGCUGCUGCCUUCCACUCUGUGUUUGAGAAAUAUCCAGAUACUCUGGUCCGCGUUAUCCAGGUACUGCUACUAUCAGUGACAGACUGACCUAGGAUGCGACCCAAAUGGCACCCUAUUCCCUGUGCAGUGCCUAUAGAAAGUCUAGACCCCCUUGUCUAGACCUGCCUUAAAAUUAAAUAAAAAAAUUGAUGAAAUCAGAUUUUUUUCCUACAGAUCUACACAACCUACUCCACAUUUUCAAAGUGAAAGAAAGUUAUAGAAUUGUUUUCAAAUGAAUAAAUCAAAAUAAAAAACUGAAAGUCUCCAUCCCCCUGAGUUAAUACUUGGUGGAAGCACCUUAGGCAGCCAUUACAGCUAUGAGUCAUUUUGAAUAAGUUUUGACCAACUUUGCACAACUCUUAAUGCAACAAACAUACAUACAUUGUUUUUGUCAAAAUUGCUGAAGCUCGUUAAAUUUGGUUGGGAAUCACUGAUGGACAGCAAUAUUCAAACCUUGUCUUUGAUUUUUUUUAAGCAGAUUUAAUUCAGGACUGAGACUAGACCACUCAGGAACACUCAACACCUCUUGGAAAGCCAUUCUGGGGUGUAUUUCUUGCAUUAAAAUGUGUGUAAUUGUCUCGCUGAAAAUAAAACUCUAUCCCAAUGUUAGGUUUUCAGAAGAGAGAGGCAGGUUUUCCUCUAACUUUUUUCCUGGGCUUUGCUCACUUCAUAUUUAUUUUGAUCAUGACAAACUCCCCAAUCCCUGCCGAUGACAAGCAUACCCAUAACGUGUUUCUGCCACCACCACAAUAUUGGAUUUGACCCAACCCUGUAGUUUUAAAUUAAAGUUAAUUUAUUUGCCGUGUUGUCUUGCGGUAGGUUGUGUAGAUCUGUAGGAAAUACAUCUAAGUUAAUCCCUUUUUACAUUUAAUUUUAAGGCAGCAAAAUGUGCAAAAAGUUAAAGGGGGUGUAGACUUUCUAUAAUCACAACUUUUGACCAGGGCCCAUAUAGCUCUGGUCAAAAGUAAUGUACUAAAAAGGGAAUAGAGUGCCAUCUGGGAUGCGGUCUGUACACAGGGAAAUCAGACAUUAUAUAAUUCACUCAAAUACUGGAGAUUACACCCUUGCCUGGUUUGUAGGCAACUGUGACAUUAUUCUGUAGCUACACAGCUAAACCUUAAAAACAACAUCACUGAGCAUUUUGUAUUUUCAGACAUUUUCAGGGUUCUGCUCUCUUUACUAAAACAGUGGGGCCAUUGUUACUUUUUUGUUUUUGUCCUUUCUAGAUCAUCAUGGUACGCCUGCAGAGAGUGACCUUCCUAGCCCUUCACAACUACCUAGGCCUUACCACCGAGCUCUUCAAUGCGGUAUCACACACACACACACACACACACACACACACACACACACACACACACACACACACACACACACACACACACAGGCCACAGACACAUCAAUAAUGAAAGAUUAUCCAUGACUGGUUAUUUCAUCUUUGAAGGGGAUGUAUACUCCUGAUGGUUCUGUGUGUGUGUGUGUUCCAUGUGUGUCUUUCAGGAGAGCCAGGCAAUCCCCCUGGUGGCAGUGCACAGUGUGAUAGGUGAAGCCAACCCGAACAGGGGUCGAGACAGACAGCACUCCCGGUCUGAUGAGUCUGGCCAUGAGAAGGGGCCCAGCGACACAGGUCAGUUAUUAUGGGAUGGUCAUCUCACUGGUCAAUGCCAGCAUAGAAACCAAUGUUCAUUUUAGCUUUGGUUUUGCAUAGGGUUCCAAACAUUUCAGUAACUUUCCCUAAAAAAAAAAAUCCCAGUUGGAAGAAUCAGGAGGGAAUAAGCAGGAAAUCUAGGAAUCCUCCAAGUGGGGUUUCUGGAAAACCUGGGUAUUUUGGGAAAGUUACUGGAAAUUUGCAACCCUUGUCUGCAUUUUGUCUGUAUUACAUUUGGAUUACCAUAUCAUAAAAAUAUGAAUACAGAUGGAUAAGUUUGGAGGUUGUUAUGUUAUGUCACUAUGAAGAAUGGUGGCUUGCUGGAAAGCAGGACAUACUCAUGGUAUAGCUGUAUGGUGUUGUUUUAGAAAAUGGAGAGAGGAACUCCUGUCUUUCAGAUAGCAGCCCAACCACCAAAGGAAAGAGGUCUCGCUCCCAGUCCACUCCUUUGGCAGUGUCAAGUAAGCAUACAUUACCUCGCACACACACACACACACACACACACACACACACACACACACACACACACACACACACACACACACACACACACACACACACACACACACACACACACACACACACAGGUCAGACCACAUAGUAGUGACCUGAACUGUACUGUAAAUCUUAAGAUAUUGUUGAGUAAUUGCACUUACAAACUAUCUUAUGAACUUCUUUUUUUUUUUCUCAAGAAGUUUCUUACGUUUUUGCGUAAGUAGUGUUUUGUGAAUUCGGCCCGGUACUGUACAAGCCCUGGUCUGUGUGUCUGAAUGCUUUUUGUCUCUCUCCUCACACUCUCAGGUGCCACAUCGGCUGACCUCAACAUGGCAUAUCAGCGAGCCAGAAUAAGAGAAGAAGCGGCUAAAGCAGACACACCACCACCAAGUCCCCAGGUCCCACACAAGGUCUGUGAUGCACUGCAGAUUUACCAGACACAUGUCAGUGUAAUAACGUACAUAAGAUACAUAGAGAGUCAGAGGCAUUCCUAGUUAUCUGUCUCUGACUCUCUCUCUGACUCUUCCUCUCUCCCCCCUCUCUCAAUUCAAUUCAAUUCAAAGGGCUUUAUUGGUAUCGGAAACAUAUGUUUACAUUGCCGAAGCAAUUGAAAUAAACAAAAGGGAAAUAAACAAUGGAAAUAAACAAUCAGAAAUUAACAGUAAACAUUAAACUCACAAAAGUUUAAAAGUAUAUAGACAUUUCAAAUGUUAUAUUAUUGGCUAUGUAACAGUGUUGUAACAAUACAUAAACAGAUGCAUAUAGUUUGUAUUUAUUUAUAGGUCACAAAUCUUGCUGCUGUGAUGGCACACUGUGGUAUUUCACAUAAUAGAUAUGGAAGUUUAUCAAGAUUGGAUUUGUUUUCAAAUUCUUUGUGGGUCUGUGUAAUCUGAGGGAAAUAUGUGUCCCUAAAUGCUCAAACAUUUGGCAGGAGGUUAGGAAGUGCAGCUCAGUUUCCAUCUCAUUUUGUGGGCAGUGGGCACAUAGCCUAUCUUCUUGUGAGAGCCAAGUCUGCCUAUGGCAACCUCUCUCCAUAGCAAGGCCAUACUCACUGCCCCCACUCUCUCUCCCCCCUCCACUCUCUCCCUUUCAUUCAUCAGUCCAUUCUGAAGAAGAGUGUGACAAUGGUGCACACUCCAUCUGCUGUGUUUCACUACUCUGAGGUUGGAGGAGGUCAGUCAGGUCACAUCCACCACAGCAAGGUCAACGCCAUCUUCCAGGCUGCCAAGAAGGACCUGCAGCGCCUCAUACAACUGCAGGUACUGAAUGGCUCUCUCUGGGUCUCGGUAUAGACUAGAACACAUCUAGCAGGACUCUCUAACUCUGGCCCCGGAGAGCCACAGUAUGUGCAGGCUUUUGUUCCAGUCCAGAACUAACACCUGAUUCAACUAAUCACAGUCCAGAUGGACGACUGUUUAUUCUUCAUCAGGAGCUGGGCUGGAACAGAAGCUGCACACAGUGCAGGAGUUUGGACAUUCCUGCCAUAUUUUCUGACCCUCUCCUCCAUCCCUAUCUCUCUCCCUCUUUCUGUCAGGACCCAAAUCUGCUGGAGGGCAGGGUGACUCUGCGUCAGGUCAAAGCUGGCUGUGUGUUGAACAGCCAGGGGGACCAGGUCAGUCAGUCAGUCUGUCUGCAUGCUGCCUGAUGGUGGUAGACAUAGCCUUUACACAUAGCCCUGAGGCUAGAGCUCACCUCAGUAAAACAUCUGCUUCUUCUCUGUCAGCAGCACUGGCAGAAACGGUCAAAGUCAUUUGUCUUAUAACUGCAUGUUAUAAGUGGUUCAUUUAUGCGUGUCAAAAGGCACUACUCCCUAUAUAGUGCACUACUUCUGACCAGGGCUCUAGUCAAUAGUAGAGAAUAGGGUGCCAUUUGGGACACACCCAUUGACAUUAUGUAUAUCUGUAUCUCCCUGUGCCGUCUGUUCCCUCUGGUAGGAUGUGAGUGUGCAGUUUGUGAUCUCGGGGGCACUCCAUGUGUACCAGCGGAUGAUCGACUGUGAGGAGGACACCCUGCUGUUUCUGACCCACCCGGGGGAGAUGGUGGGUCAUUUGGCUGUGCUGACUGGGGAACCCCUCAUCUUCAGCGUCCGAGCACACAGGGACUGCACCUUCCUGUCUAUCUCUAAAGCUGCCUUCUAUGAGUAUGCCAUUUUCCUUGUGUACAGACACACACACACACACACUCUCGAUGUCUGAUGGCAGUGUUGUCACUGUAAUUCUCAUAUUUGUCCCAGAGGCCCCCCUGUUGGUGUGCAUGUUUUUGUGCACAGUAGUUGCUGUCUGAAUAUGUGAAUGUGUGUCUAUGUAGGAUAAUGCGCGAAGAGCCAAGGGUGGUGCUGAAUGUGGCUCACACCGUGGUGAAGAGAGUGUCAGGCUUCGUCAGGCAGAUAGACUUUGCUCUGGACUGGAUGGCUCUGGAGGCUGGCCGCGCUGUCUACAGGUACAUGCUGAAUAGCAUAGAAGUACGUAUAGAACACUAGAAUGGACAUAGGCAUCCUAGCAACAUGACAAAAAAUCGUCCAUCUUGGUCAGUGAAUUAUAGGAUCUCUAUGCUGAAUGGUCUCAUAUCCUCAAUCUCCCUCAAAUUCAAAUCUGGACCUCAAAGCCAGUUCCACUGCUUUUUUUCAUUCUUCCCCUCUGAGGGACUGAUUUAGACCUGGAACACCAGGUGGGUGCAAUUAAUUAUCAGGUAGAACAGAAAACCAGCAGGCUCCGGACCUCGUAGAGUAAGAUUUGAAUACCCUGGUCUAUCUGUUCCUCUGUCUAACUGCUGCAUCCAACUGUUCCUAGGCAGGGAGACAAGUCGGACAGCACCUUCAUCGUCCUCAGUGGCCGCCUGCGUUCUGUCAUCGCAAAGGAUGAUGGGAAGAAGGAGUUGACUGGAGAGUAUGGUCGCGGUGACCUCAUAGGGGUGGUGAGUGCUCUAUAAUCCCAUAUUCUUUAUGGUUUAUGUAUUUAACUCUAGCCUGGUCCCAGAUCUGUUUGUGCUAUCAUGUCAAUUCCUUGUCACCCAUUGUCAUGGCUUGACAAUGAGUGACAAUGAGUUGUGAAGAGCACAAACAAAUCUGGGAUCAGGCUAAUUUAACUUCAAGAGAUGGAACCCUUGACUAACUGUUGUUCAUAGAACUUGUGUGGUGUCCUCAGGUGGAGGCCCUGACCCACAUGAACCGAGCCACUACAGUGCACGCCAUCAGGGACUCUGAGCUAGCCAAGCUGCCUGAGGGGGCCCUCAGCUCCAUCAAGAGGAGGUAUCCACAGGUAGUGACCAGACUCAUCCAUCUACUGGGACAGAAGAUCCUGGGAAAUAUGCAGCAGGUUAACGGACCCUUGACAGGUUAGAGUACAUUUAAAAUGUGUGUGUCAUGGGGACAGUGUGUGUGUGUUUGCGUGCAUGCAUAAGUGUGUAUGUGUGUGUGCGUGUUUGUUCUUGUAUUUUGUCUGUGUCAACCACCCAUGGUGUAUCAGCGAUGCCUCUGUCUUCCUUCCUCUACUGUAGCUCGUGGUCUGGCACUACACCCCCCCAGCAGUAAGUGGGAUUCAGGGAGCCCGGCCUCUAACCUGUCCACUGUGACCAUCCUGCCUGUGUCAGAGGAGGUGCCUCUUACAGCCUUCACAUUGGAGCUGCAGCAUGCACUCAGUGCCAUUGGUACAUAUCACUACUACUAGUCCUGCUUCACCACUCCCAGUGACUCAAACAGCAGAUGUUGUUGGACUAAUACGUGAACUACUACUACUAAUUCUUUUUCACUAUAGCUUGCUGGUCAACAUUCAGUAUGUACCAUUUUAUUUCUGUUGGUCCUUUAGGUCCAACCUUACUCUUGACCAGUGACAUCAUCAAACAGCGACUGGGUGCUGCCGCACUGGACAGGUAGAAAUGAUGUCAUCAUUUCAGUUAUGCACUGUCUUGUCCGAUUUAGCAUAUUUGUGUCAAGAUCAGCUGGUUGUCAUAGUUGAUGGAAACACUUUUUAAAGGAUACACACAUCUCAACCCUCUCCUCUAUAGUGUGCAUGAGUACCGUCUGUCCAGCUGGCUGGGGCAGCAGGAGGAUAUCCACCGCAUCGUUCUCUACCAAUCAGACGAUACCUUGACCCCCUGGACCCAGCGCUGCAUCCGCCAGGCCGACUGCAUCAUCAUCGUGGGACUGGGAGAGGCCGAGCCAACCGUGGGCGAGGUACAAAAUGCACAGCAACACCUCUGCCUGUUUUCUUUAACCUUUUAUUUAACCGGGAAGUCCCAUUGAGGUCAGAAGACCUGGCCAAGAAGUGCAACUCAAUAAAAAGCGACAUAUACCUAUAGAACCCUAUCUGCCUAAUGGGAAUUAGGAAAGUCGAGGGCUUACUUUGUUUAAUGCAAUCUCUAUGAAGUGGGAAAACUGGUUAAGAGUCUACUGAGUGUAGGUGGGGAAUAGUGAAGUCUAAAUGGCUUCUUAAUUAGCUUCGCUAGGAUGGACCCCUAUUAGUUAGACAGUUUAUUAGGGGUUAAAUUACUGAAGCUUAAUGAGGAAGAAGAUCAACAAGGCUUGUCUCUUUUAUUCUCUGCUAUCUGAUUGACAUGAAGGACAAAUAUCAAAUGACACCCAAUCCCUCUUAUACAGUGCACGACUUAUAAAGCAACUGUAUGCUUGAACACAUGGAUCUGGUCCAAUAGUGCAUUACAUAAGAAAUAGGACAUAAUUUGGCAUGCAUCCCAAAUGGCACCCUAUUCCCUCUAUAGUCCACUACUACCUAUGGGCCCUGGUCAAAAGUAGUGGCCUACAUAGAGAAUAGCGUGCCAUUUGGGAUUGAACCUUAACUUAGCUCUCCUCCACUUGGGUGUGACCCUGUUGUCCCUGUGCUGUGGCCUCUGUCCCCUAGUUGGAGCAGAUGCUGGAGGGCAGUGCAGUGCGGGCCCAGAAGCAGCUGAUCCUGCUGCACAGGGAGGACGGUCCCCCGCCUCAGGGCACUGUGGAGUGGCUCAACAUGAGGAGCUGGAUCUCCAGACACCUGCACCUCUCCUGUCCACACAGGGUCUUCUCCAAGAGGAGCCUGCCCAAACUGGUACCCUAUAUACAUACACAGGCUCACACACACACACACACACACACACAGGCAAAGACACACACACACACACACACACACACACACACACACACACACAGGCAAAGACACAUCUCUCCUGCCCAAAUGUGAGAUUAUCCAGCAGCAGCCUGUCCCAGCUAGUACACACACACCUCAUCCAGAAUAGUCACAGCUCCACUCACUGACUAGACAAUAUUCAACCUACUUUUUCAGUCUUGGCUUUUGACCUGCAGCUUGGUUCACACUGCUCAUAUGAUGCAUGUCUCAGAAGGAAGCCCUUAAAUAACAUUACUUUUCAAGGACAGCCUUGACCUAGGCUGCUUCCCAAAUGGCACCCUAUUCCCUAUAUAGUGUAUAGCGCUCUGGUCAAAAGUAGUGCACUAGGGAAGAGGGUGCCAAUUGGGACGAAUCACAAAUUUGCUGACUCUUCCCACUCUACCUCUGGUGCUGUGCUCCUGUGUUCCUGUGGUCCUGCUGUGGUCGUCCUCAGAGAGAGAUGUACCAGCGUGCGUUCCAGAAGCCUCCAGACCGCCACUCUGACUUCAGCCGUCUGGCCAGAGUCCUGACA